GAUGAGCAAUCACUUUCUGAAGCUUUGAGUAGCGUUUAAAAGAAGCUCUUUGCUCAUAGGAAUACUACACAGGAGCUCCUGGAGCAAAGGCAUAGACAACUUUGGAGCAUCUAUCUUGAGCUGUAGUUGCAGUUUGUCCACUAACCAGGGCAGAAAUGAGGGUUUUGUUGAUUGCCUGUCUGCUGAUUGGGAGCAUCACCUGUGUCCCUGUGGGACAAGGGCCACAUAACCCCAAGCCCCAGUCAUCUCCUGGCUUCACUUGGGAUUCAGGCAGCGUGGAGAGUUCUGGUCUGGGCAGCAGCUCCUCCCUUCCAGGCCAAUCAAGCCCAAGCUCUGUUAACACUCAUCAGCCUGCUCCUCUAGAUGCUUCAUACAGUUCUGGCCCAGUUUACAGCAGCCCUGGAGCUCCCUACAGUGCUGGUCCCAUCUACAGCGGCCCCAGCAUUGCUGUGGGUAACACUGGGGGCUAUGGGGGUGCUGGAGCCUACAGCAGCCCCGGAGCUUCCUCCAGUGCUGUCCCAGUUUACAGCAGCCCCGGAGCUUCCUCCAGUGCUGUCCCAGUUUACAGCAGCCCCGGAGCUUCCUCCAGUGCUGGCCCAGCUUACAGCAGCCCCGGAGGUUCCUACAGUGCUGGCCCAGCUUACAGCAUGGCUGGUGGUAGCACAGGAGGCCAUGCUGGUUUUGGAGCUGUCUACGCAAACCCUGAGGCUGGAUAUGGGGCACCUUCUACAGGGUAUGGCAGCAGUGCUCUAGGAAGCGGCUAUGGCGGUGGCCUGGCUGGUGGUUAUGAAGGUGUGGGCUCUCACGGGUUUGUCUCUGCUCCUGGAUAUGAGAGCUGGAGCUCUGGAUCUGCAGCAGGCUACGAUGCUGGUAGUGAAGAGCCUCAGCAGGUCUUCAGUGACGUGUCUGAGCUGGAGCCAGUCUACGCCUUCAGCUCUCGUUCAAGCUACCAGAGAGGAAGAGCAGUGUUUGGCCAAACUCGCUACACCCCAGGAGAGCCCGUUGCCCCACCAAUGCCGAUCUACAGACCCAUCAUCAAAAUCCCUGUACAGCCAAGUGCUCCUGUGAAGCAAAGCCCUCCUGUUAAAGCUCCAACCAAAGGAGGAUACUGAAGUUAUCUCUGGACUGGUUGAGAUCAUUGCUGCCUGGUGAUUGUCAAAUACUAAUAAAUUGCUUUAUAAACA